AUGGGGAGAGUGGUGACCUUUUUCUCGGACCGCAAUCAAGGUUUGUUAAAUGCAAUGGGGUUUGUGUUUCCCGGAUGGCCUCAUUCUUACUGUUAUUAUCACCUCAAACAGAAUUUGAUAUCAAAGUACCCGAAGUCAGGUUAUGGGAAACUGCUCCAAGACCGUGUUAUCAAUUUAUUUAGUAGAUGCGCAUAUGCUGUUACGGAGGAAGAGUUUAAGGUAGCAAUGGAGGAGUUGGUGAUUGUUGGGAGUUCGAAAGUAAAGACAUUUAUAUCUGAUUUGUCUAGAGAUCACUAUGCCAACGCAUUUUUCAAAGGAAUGCGUUAUGGGGAGAUGGCAAACAGUUUAGCGAAGUCCUUUAAUAAUUGGGUUGGUGUGUUUCGAGAUUUGCCGGUGCUACCUUUGAUAGAAGGGAUUCGACAGAAAUUGAUGGUAUUGAAUUCUCAACGACGAAUUGAAGCGGAGAAGUGGACAACAGUUUUGUGUCCGGAGAUGGAGACUAGACUCUGUGAAAAUGCGGAGGCCGGUAGGACUUGGGUAGUUCGUCGUUCUAAUUGCACUGUUUUUGAAGUAUUUGCUGAUUAUUCUGUGAUGGUUGAUCUCGAGCAAAGGACUUGUUCUUGCCGUCUUUGGCAAAUUGACGGUUUUCCUUGCACACAUGCGGUGGCUGCAAUCCUAGCAAAGAGAGAUUCAGUUUAUGAUUACGUGGAGUGUUACUACAAAAUCGACUUCUUUCGAAAAGCCUAUGAGAGUCCUAUUUUUCCUAUUCCAGAUAUUGGGAAAGGAUUGGGCAGCAAUGGUUCUGCAUCUGGAGUUGUGCUUCCGCCAAUUACAAAGAGGCCAGCCGGAAGACCACCAACAAAGAGGAUCAAAGUUUUUGGUGAAUUUAAAAGGCCAUUGAAAUGCAGUCGGUUCAGUGUUGCUGGGCACAAUAGGAAGACUUGUAAGGCUAUUAUAUGA